CAACGUCCGUGGGGGGAAAGAGGAGAAGAGAGAAACUAAUCACCAUUUUGAUUCUAAUCUACCAUGAGAGAAGACGCGAGAAAAUUCUGAAGCUGGGGAUGAACAAUGUUCGUUACAAAUUCUCCCGUGGAAUCACGUUUCCCGAGAAAAUCAAUGUGAUUUUAUUUUUUUCCAAUUUUUGGUUUUGUUGAUGUUUCUCUCCGUCGAGAAAAUCUGAGCAGAUUCCAUCAUAACAAUGGCCGCUUCAGCCAAAGUAAGCGUAGGGUCGCAUGUAUGGGUGGAGGAUCCGGAUGAAGCCUGGAUAGAUGGUGAAGUAGAAGAAGCUAACAGUGAUGAAAUCACUGUCAACUGUUCUGGAAAGACGGUUGUGGCAAAGGUAAAUGCUGUUUACCCCAAGGACCCCGAGUUCCCUGAGCUUGGGGUCGACGACAUGACAAAGCUUGCCUAUUUGCAUGAGCCAGGGCUUCUCCUCAACCUUAAGUGCCGAUAUGAUUCAAAUGAAAUUUAUACAUACACAGGAAAUAUACUGAUAGCUGUGAAUCCCUUUAAAAGGUUACCCCACCUUUAUGGAGUUGAUACGAUGAAACAGUACAAAGGUACCCCUUUUGGUGAGUUGAGUCCACAUCCUUUUGCGGUUGCAGAUUCUGCCUACAGGAAAAUGAUCAAUGAGGGAGUGAGCCAGGCGAUCUUGGUGAGUGGUGAAAGCGGUGCUGGGAAGACGGAGAGCACAAAGAUGCUCAUGCGGUUUCUUGCCUACAUGGGGGGAAGAGCUGAGAGUGAAGGACGAUCCGUGGAGCAGCAAGUUUUGGAGUCUAAUCCGGUUUUAGAAGCUUUUGGCAAUGCAAAAACCGUUAGAAACAAUAACUCAAGUCGUUUUGGUAAAUUUGUGGAGAUUCAGUUCGAUCAAAGAGGAAGAAUCUCGGGAGCUGCUAUCAGGACAUAUCUGUUAGAGAGGUCGCGGGUUUGUCAAGUUUCUGACCCUGAAAGAAACUAUCAUUGCUUUUACAUGCUUUGUGCUGCACCUGAACAGGAAACUGAGAGGUACAAGUUAGGAAAACCAAGCACAUUUCGCUAUCUAAAUCAGUCGAAUUGCUAUGCGUUGGAUGGGCUUGAUGAUUCCAAGGAAUACCUAGCUACAAGGAAAGCUAUGGACGUUGUUGGAAUCGGUUCUGAAGAUCAGGAUGCAAUCUUUCGAGUAGUAGCUGCAAUCCUUCAUCUUGGGAACAUCGAGUUUGCAAAGGGUGAAGAAUCAGAAGCAGCAGAACCUAAGGACGAAAAAUCACUGUUUCAUCUAAAAACAGCAGCCGAACUUUUCAUGUGUGAUGAGAAGGCUUUAGAAGAUUCCUUGUGCAAAAGGGUCAUGGUGACUCGUGAUGAAAGCAUUACAAAGUCGCUUGAUCCUGAUAGUGCAGCUCUAGGGAGAGAUGCACUAGCCAAAAUUGUCUAUUCUAAAUUGUUUGAUUGGCUUGUGACCAAGAUCAAUAAUUCCAUUGGCCAAGACCCUGAUUCAAAACACAUUAUUGGAGUUCUGGAUAUUUAUGGAUUCGAGAGUUUCAAGACAAACAGUUUUGAACAAUUCUGUAUAAAUUUGACAAACGAGAAGCUACAGCAACAUUUCAACCAGCACGUGUUCAAGAUGGAGCAAGAAGAAUAUACUAAAGAAGAGAUUGACUGGAGUUACAUAGAGUUCAUUGACAAUCAGGAUAUCCUCGAUCUUAUUGAAAAGAAACCUGGUGGUAUCAUUGCCCUUCUAGACGAGGCUUGCAUGUUUCCAAGAUCUACACAUGAUACAUUCGCACAAAAGCUAUACCAAACUUUUAAAGAUCACAAGCGUUUUUCCAAGCCAAAACUGGCUCAAACAGACUUUACAAUUUGCCACUAUGCUGGUGAUGUCACUUAUCAGACAGAACUGUUUUUGGACAAAAACAAGGAUUAUGUUGUUGGAGAACAUCAAGCUCUCCUGAGCUCUUCAGAUUGUUCCUUUGUCUCCUCGUUAUUUCCACCUUUGCCAGAGGAAUCUUCCAAAACAUCAAAGUUCUCAUCAAUAGGCUCUCAGUUUAAGCAUCAACUGCAAUCUUUGCUCGAGAGUUUGAGCACAACAGAACCACACUACAUACGAUGUGUUAAACCAAAUAACCUUCUUAAGCCAGAAAUCUUUGAGAACAUUAAUAUUCUGCAGCAACUUAGGUGUGGGGGAGUCAUGGAAGCCAUUAGGAUUAGUUGCGCUGGAUAUCCUACUAGGAAGCCUUUCAAUGAAUUUUUGACCCGGUUCAAAAUUUUGGCUCCCGAAACUACAAAUAGAAGCAAUGAUGAAGUUGACGCUUGCAAAAAGCUAUUAGCAAAAGUGGACCUCAAAGGUUUUCAGAUCGGGAAAACAAAGGUGUUUCUUAGGGCAGGUCAAAUGGCAGAACUGGAUGCUCACCGAGCUGAAGUUCUUGGUCGUUCAGCACGGAUAAUACAGAGGAAAGUCCUUUCUUAUCAGUCCCGCAAAAAGUUUCUGUUGUUGCAGGCUGCUUCAACAGAUAUCCAGGCCUUGUGUAGAGGGCAAGUUGCACGUGUUUCGUUUGAGAAGAUGCGAAUAGAAGUGGCUUGUCUGAGAAUUCAGAAUCACGCACGGACUUAUAUUUGCCAGAAAUCCUAUAAGAGCCUGUGCUCUUCUGCUUGUUCAGUUCAGACGGGGAUGCGAGCAAAAUCUGCCCGAGUCGAACUUCAAUUUAGGAAGAAGAGAAGAGCGGCAAUCAUUAUUCAAAGUCAAACCAGAAGAUUUUUGUGUCGUCGGCAUUAUGUGAGAAUGAAGAAAGCAGCGAUCGCCACUCAAUGUGGCUGGAGAGUGAGAGUUGCUCGACGAGAAUUGCGUAAUCUUAAAAUGGCUGCUAAAGAAGCCGGAGCACUUCAAGAUGCUAAGAGCAAGCUGGAAAAUCAAUUGGAAGAACUCACUUCAAACUUAGAGCUUGAGAAACAGAUGAGGAUGGAGAUCGAGGAAGCAAAAUCUCAAGAAAUCGAAGCAUUACAGUCAGCUUUAACUGACAUAAAGCUUAAGCUCAAGGAAACUCAAGAAACCAAAAGCGCGGAGAUCUCAAGACUGCAGUCUGCUUUACAAGACAUGCAACUUGAGAUUGAAGAACUCUCAAAGGGACUUGAGAUGAGUAACGAUCUUUCUGCUGAAAAUGAACAGCUUAAAGAGUUGGUGAGUUCUUUGCAAAACAAGAAUGAUGGAGACGUAAGCAAGCUCAGUGAAGAGCAGAUAAAACAAGAAGUUCCUGUAAUUGAUCAGACCGCGAUCAUUAAACUUGAAGCUGAAAAUCAGCAGCUGAAGGAGUUGGUAAGUUCUUUGGAGGAGAAAAUCGAUGCGUUAGACAGAAAACAUGACGAAACAAGCUCAAAUAUCACAGAGCAGUUGAAGGAGAAUGUUUCAUCUGAUUAUGAAGUCGUUAGCAAUCUUGCAGCAGAGAACGAGCGGCUCAAGGCACUAGUAGGCUCAUUAGAGAAGAAGAUAGAUGGGAACAACUCUUCAGAGGGACAGACGGAGGGGAAAAGCAUGUUGAAAGAAGAGAGCUUAACAGAAGGUGGUUCAACUGAUAAUGAGAGGGUCAACAAACUUGCUGCUCAAAACAAAGACCUGAAUGACCUGGUAAGUUCACUGGAGAAGAAAAUAGAUGAAACAGAGAAGAAGUAUGAGGAAGCAAGUAGACUAUGUGAAGAGAGGCUGAAGCAAGCUGUAGACGCGGAGACAAAGCUAAUUGAAGCGAAGACAUCGAUGCUAAGGCUUCAGGAAAGGGUCUCCGACAUGGAAACAGAAGAACAUAUUCGCCGGAAGCAGGCGCUGGUUAAUUCGACUUCCCGGAGAAUGUCACCGCAGGUGUCAUUUACAGGAGCCUCGGAGAAUGGACAUCAUGAGUCACUUGCUCCUAUACCGGCUAAAAAAACUGGGACAGAAUCUUCUCGUAUUGAACAACAACCCCAUGAAUUUGUUGACGUUCUUCUCAAAUGUGUAUCCCAAAAUGUCGGUUUCAGCCAUGGGAAGCCUGUUGCAGCUAUUACAAUAUAUAAAUGUCUUAUACACUGGAAAAUUUUCGAAGCAGACAAAACCAGUAUCUUUGACAAAAUUGUUCCUGUUUUUGGUUCUGCAAUAGAGAAUCAGGAAGACGACAAUCAUUUGGCAUAUUGGCUAACAAACACAUCAACUCUGUUAUUCCUGCUUCAAAGAAGCCUAAGACAUAGCCCAACUGGCUCAAGCCCCACAAAACCUCCUCAGCCAACUUCUUUUUUGGGAAGGAUGACACAGGGUUUUCGUUCAACAUCUUCCCCGAACCUUUCAACUGAUGUGGUACAUCAAGUAGAUGCUAAAUAUCCUGCUUUGCUCUUCAAACAGCAGCUUACGGCCUAUGUUGAAACAAUGUAUGGAAUCAUCAGAGAGAAUUUCAAGAGAGAAGUAUCGUCCCUGCUUUCUUCCUGCAUUCAGGAUCUCAAGAAAUCAUCACAUGAAUCCUCUGUUGUAAAAUCACCAUCAAAGUCAUCUGAAGAGAAUCUCGCUGCAAAGUCAUCUGAAGAUAAUAAUUCACCCGCCAAGUCAUCUGAAGAUAAUAAUUCACCCGCCAAGUCAUCUGAAGAGAAUCUCACCGUAAAGUCAUCUGAAGAGAACUCCCUGAAGAAGUCAUCUGAAGAGAACUCCCUGAAGAAGUCAUCUGAAGAUAAUGAUUCACCUGCUAAGUCAUCUGAAGAGAAUCUCACCGCAAAGUCUAAAGAUGAUAAUUCACCUGCUAAGUCAUCUGAAGAGAACUCCCUGAAUAAGUCAUCUGAAGAGAAUCUCCCAGCUAAGUCAAGUUCACCAAAACAGUUAUCUGAGGAGGAUUCACCAGCUAAAGAGGGCCAAGCAGCAAUGUUGUCCGCAGAGAACUCGCCAGCCAACUCUUGGCAAAACAUUAUUGGGCUUUUGAAUUACAACCUCAUCACAUGGAAGAAAAAUUAUGUUCCUCCAUUUCUUGUUCAGAAGAUCUUCAGCCAAACUUUCCAAUACAUCAACGUUCAACUCUUCAACUGUCUUCUCCUCGAACAAGAAUACUGCACAUUCAACAUGGGCAAGGAAGUGAAAGCAGGGUUAGAUGAACUAGACUCAUGGUGUAGCCAAGCGACUGAAGAGUUUGUGGGAUCUUCUUGGGAUGAACUCAAGCCUACGAGACAAGCCGUAGUGCUCCUGGUUACAGAACAGAAGUCCACAAUUACAUACGAUGAUCUUACAACUAACCUCUGCCCGGUUCUUAGUACUCAGCAAUUGUAUAGGAUAUGUACCCUUUCCAAUAACGAAGACCACAACAAUCAUAACGUAUCGCCAGAGGUGAUUUCUAACUUAAAACUUCUAAUGACAAAUGAAGAUGAAGACAGCCGUUCCUUUUUAUUAGACGAUGAUUCCAGCAUCCCUUUCGAAACCGAUGAGAUCGCUAACUGCAUGCAAGAAAAGGACUUUGCGAAUGUAAAAUCAGUUUCCGAGCUCGCUGAUAAUCCUAACUUCCUCUUUCUCAAGGACUGAGAAAAUGUUUCAGUUUUCUUCCUAAUGCCUCUAACUAAUUGGGCUAAGCUACCAUUGAUUCACGUUGGUAUAAGCUGUAUAUGUAAUAGGUUUCUGUUUCUAAUUUCCCCAAAGGGCGUUUUAAUUUGAGCGUCUGUAGCUGAUCAGCUUCCUCUUUUUAGCUUGAUUGCUUGUACGUCAAGAAACUAAGGCGGGAAUUUUGAACUAAAACAAAUUUUGUUUUUUUUUUUUUUUUUUUGAAACACAAAGAAAUUUUGUUUAAUAUAUAAAUUUAUCGACACUGAAGACAGCCAAAUGGGCCUUGGAAAAUUUUGGGCUUAAACUACUUGGCCCAGAUUUUAAGAGUAAUCAAUCUUUACCCAGUGAGAGUAGAUAUUUUUGCUUUUAAACCUGAGAUUCCUCGUGUUACAAAAAAAAAAAACGUGAGAUUCCUCUUGCAGAAGGUUAAAGUCAGAAUCAAAGACCAAUAACAAAUUUAAGAGUAACCAAGCUAGAAACCCAAAUUCUUAUUAGAAAAAGUUUAGUUCCAAUUUUCCUUGGUGAUUAGUAAUUUAUUACUGAUUUGGUUGUACUUCACUAUAGGCUAUAACCUUUUAAAGUAUUCAAAAUGAACAGAUAAAUAUAACCAAACUGAAAACCCAAUUUAAUAAACCGAAGAAACUAAACCAAUCUUGCAUGCUUGUUAAUAAAAAACUGCUUCCUCUCAUUUUUACCAUAGAAACAAUUACACACAGACACAGAUUAACGUUCCAGCAAAAUCAGUACAAGAGCACCUGUCUAUUGAAUAAUUCAUUCAUUCAUCUUAUUACCCAAUGAAAAAGAUAAAACAAGAACAUAUUAUUAGAUCUCACAGAAACAUCAUUCAUUCAUCACGAUCAUCAUCAAAUGCAUUUGUGAGAAACUGAGAAGAGAUCACCA